GGGUUUGUUGGAGUUUUACGACAGCUCUCUCACACUUUCCGGCACAAACACAUGAACGCCUGUGCUACGAAAACAUGAGAGGUCAAAAGUUAUGGUCGUAGAGUUGUAUAAGUACGAAACGUAACACACAACUAUGGCCAGUUCCAUGGUGGCAGUGGGACUGGCUCUGGCAGCAGCUGGAUUUGCAGGUCGCUAUGCCAUGCAGGCCAUGAAGCAGAUGGAGCCUCAGGUGAAACAGGCCCUCCAGAGCUUCCCCAAGACAGCUUUUGGAGGAGGGUACUACCGAGGCGGAUUUGAACCAAAGAUGAACAAAAGAGAAGCGACCCUGGUUUUAGGUGUCAGCCCCACAGCCAACAAGAGUAAAAUCAGAGAAGCACAUAGAAAACUGAUGAUCCUGAACCAUCCAGACAGAGGUGGAUCUCCCUACCUUGCAGCAAAGAUAAACGAAGCAAAGGAUUUGAUGGACGGCCAGACAAAGUGAAGACACUGGUGUUGACAUAAACUGGAUCUCACACUGAUCUCCUACACGCUGUUGCACACUGACUUACUCGAGUGACUUUUCUAUCUGAUUCUUCUCAAAUAAAAUCACUAUGUAUAAAUUGUUAA